AUGAACCUGUUUUGCAUUUUUUGUCCAUUAUCGGCUACAUGGGAUGGACCUUUAGAAUCGAGUGUGGGUGUCAUUUGGUUAGGAGAAGCAGCUGCUCGAGUAACAAAGAAUCGUUUGAAGCCAGGUAUUCAUCGAGUUGUGUACCCUAAGAUUGCUGGCAUUCGACUAACGAUGUGGUAUGAAGUAUGUACAACCACACAGCUAAAGAGUCUGAGUGAAGAGAAACAGAAUGAAGUGAUGGCUGGUGGAAACGUGGUGUUCGAUAAUCUUCCUGAAUCGAGAGCUUUUCUUGCGCAACCCGGUGAAAGCAAAAUCCGGUUUCUCAGACGAGUUGAAAUAGCAAGUGGAUUAACAAUAAGUAAAGCAGGUCUACCGCGAUAUGAAUUGGAGCAGCAUAACAUUUCAUAUCCACCAAAUCCAAUCCAUGACUCGCUAAAUGAAUAA